AGUCUUCCUAAUAUGUUUGAGGAGUGGGUGAGCGUUUAUUAUGAAGAAUGUAGGGAUUCCCUUGUAUGAUCUGCAAAGACAACUUUUCCUCCCCGCUGUGGGUUCAUGUAAAUCCAAAUUGGGAUUUGCAAAAUGGAACACAUUCGGCGCAAAUAUAAAAGCAGCAAAUGAUGAAACGAGUCUAUGUGUUGGGGGUGUGCUGCGACAUGAGUUAGCGAAGCCAUGCCUCUGUAUCCAGCGCUGUCCGCCCCCGACAUUAACCCGGCUAUUUCCAGAAACUUCCAGCCCACUUUUCCACGUCACUUGAAGGAAUCUUUUAAAGCGUCCGUCCCCAGUAUUAAAUGUCUCAGUAUCGGGCAGCCAGCGGCAUGAACGCCAUGAAGACGCAGUCACCGACACCGAGCAUGGCGAACAACGACAACGACCCCCUGCCCCUCGGCUGGGAAGUCAAAAUUGACCCUCAGACGGGCUGGCCCUUCUUCGUGGAUCACAAUAAUCGCACCACGACCUGGAACGACCCGAGACACGACACCAAAAAGGUCAGAGAAGUGUCAACAAAUGGACCCUGCAUGGAUCAAAGCCCACAGGAGACACAGAAGAGCUUUGUGAAAGAGAUGAAGCACCCCAUCCUUCGCCCGGGUUAUGUCCCAAUCCCAGUCUUCCAUGAGGGUGCAGAUCUCAAACAGCAACAGUACCCGUGCUAUUCCUAUAUCCAACCAACCACAGCACAGAACAUCAGAACAGAGGGGCAGAUUCCUUCUCCAACAACAGGUCUUCACUGUAGGCCGAGAUCACCUUUACAUGGACCUGGUGACAACUGCGCCACAGGGCCUGGAAAGGCCGGCUCGCCUGUUUCACAAACUACAGAGGUAUACACCGGCCCACAUAACCAACCCCCACGGCCCAGUAGCACUGGUCUACAAGCAGGUUAUAUCCCCAUACCGGUUAUCCAUGAAGGUGGAGGAGGUCAAAUGCAAGCACAGCCUCAGUUAAAUCAGUCCAUCCACUCUCAACGUGUCCCCUACUCAGAGCAUCAGCAGCCCUUCCACCGCCUUCAGCAAGAAGAAUGGCCUGGCUAUUCUGCAGCAAUGCAACCUCCGCGAGAAAGGGCUUCUCCCAUAUUGUUUCCCCAACAUCGUGAUGCUGCUGCUAUUCACCUGCCACAUAAUAGAAGAAGCCAGUCACCUAUUGUAACACAGGUGUUGGGUGAAAGACCACAGCAUAUCAUCAUGAGAGAGCCCCCUCAGAGAUUGGAGCAGGAACAAAUAAGCCCCCAGCAGAAAACAGAGAACGCUCAGGUCUCUCAGCCUUUGUACACAGACGCUGACGGCCAGAAUCCUCCUUUUCAACAGCCUACACCUCAGCAACACCAACACUUCCAACAGCCUCCGCCUCAGCAACCACAGCAGUUCCAGCAGGCACCCCCUCAGGCAUCUCUACAGCCUCAUCAGGCCGAGCAGUUAUCACAACAGUUCCCACAGCCUCAUCAAGCAGAGCAAAACACUGCAGACAUCCCAGUUCAAAUACCACCAAAACCAGAAGCUCACGAAACAGCUGCUGUCGCUACAGAAGUCCCGCCUGUAAAGGUAAAGGUAGAGGCAGAGCAACCACCCCAGUGUCCUGUUCACCCAGGCUUGGCCAAGGUACAGAAGAUAGUCGAACGGGUUGCUAAACUGGAGCAGGAGGUGAAAUGCUUUGAAGGAAAAAAGAAUGAUAAGAAAUACUUGUUACUGGAGGAACUGCUGACAAAAGAGCUCUUGGCGUUAGACUCAGUUGAUCCAGAGGGUCGCGUGGAUGUGCGGCAGGCAAGACGAGAUGGGGUUCGUCGGGUUCAGACCAUACUGGAAGAACUGGAGCAACUGGAGGAACCGUCAACUAGGCCUGCUAGCCAGGCCUCGAUGGAGGGUGACAACGUGACACAGAAAAGAGAGCCCAGCAUGAUCACAAAGGAGAAUGCUGAGAUAGCAAAGGAGAUAUCCUAACAAGAAAUUGGUGGUGUUUAUCACGCUCUGCACAGUAUUUGUGAAAGUUGCAUGCAUUCAUUAACUGUGUUGGUAUUUCUUGCCAUUCAACACAUACUGGUGGUCCUCAGGUUAUAAAUGAGUUCCAUUCUUAGAUUGUGAUUUAAGUCGAUUUUUAGUGUAAGUUGUAAUUUUUACCUAAAUUAACUCCUAAGUCACUCGCACUGUAUACAGAACACAUGAAGGAAAUAUAAAAUAUAGAAAUCAAAGAUUAAAUACAAGAAUUACCAGUAUAAAAAGAGAACAACUUCUUACUAUUAUUCCUGUGGUUGUUCUACCUUCUUAAAUCAUUGUCCCAGGCUAGUCUGGAAGGAUAACCUCUUCUCUUCCCAGAGCUCCUUGUAACAGUGCCAAUGCUUAAUGAAGACAAACAGUGGUCAGUAUUGGUGAGCGUUACUCUCUGUCAGAACUAUUUAUGAGGUUCAUUUUCACUUCCAUGGUGAUGGCUUUCCUUUUCUUUGGCACACUGUCACAAAGGAUACAUAAUAAGAGUGCAAAAAGUUAACUAAUAAGCGGUUAUCCUUCCUCAGUGUAGCUGAGCCGGCAAAAGUCUUGACACUUGUCAUUUUUGCCACAUGCUCGAGGCACACACUGCUUUCUUGCCUUGUGUGGCACAUAUCUUUCCACCACUCACACUGUAAUUCUCGAGCAAGCCUCGUGUUUGUGGAUAAAAAUUAAUUAAAAAAAACAAAAAUAAUUUAUGGGAAUGGGUUCGUAACGACGAAAGGUCGUAACACGGAACUUGGUAAACCGAGGACCACCUGUAAUUGAUGGGAGCCCUGUGCUGUUACGUUUCUCAAGACGACGUUGUUGCCUUCAGUGUUGUGCCAGUGUCUUCAUAAAAAGACAGCUGUCAUGAGUAAGAUGUUGACAUUAAGUUGUAGUCAAAUUCAAGUUUGAUUAAGAGGCCUUUAUCAAAGAAAGCAAGUAUUUUCUUAACAAAUGUUAUGUGUAGUUGCCUUUUGUCUUGAUUCAAUAUUGUAUGGAGCUUUCCUUAAUCCAGUCUGCAUAUCUCUUUCUACACACAAGUAGAAUGAGUGCAAACAUUUGGGGCUUUAAGGCAGAACCCACUGCAAAACACUGUCAACACAAAAGCAUUUCCCCUUUAUUAUCAUGUUAGGAGUUUUUUUUGUGCCAAAACACAAUUACUUAGGAUGCUGCUUUUUGGUACAGAAAUAAUUUUGUCAUCAUGGAAAUGUAUCACACUGAAUGAUCAACAUCAUUUUUGGAAUACUUGUUACACCAGCUUUGAUUGAUGUGUUUUGAGUGUUUGUAUACACAUUGGUUAACUUGUAAUUUCAAAGCAUUAUACCAGUAUUUAUAUUUCACUAUAUAGUAUUUUACUAUAUUUAUGAAUGUGUAAUGACAAAUGGACCUGAGAUGUGAGACAAUCAGCACUUGGUGCUAAUAAGGAAUCAAGAGUCGUAAUUUGUUUGAAUGUUCUUUGCAGAAUUACCAAAGCCACAAUCUGUAAUAGCACAGACAAAAACUGCCUUAAGUGCAACAAGACACCGAGCUAUUGCUUAAAAAGUGUCAAAUUAAUUUGUUUUAUGGUUAGCCUUGCACCAUUUGUGGAAUGAUGAGUCACCAAAGUGAGUCCUCUGUACUGCCUUAUACAAACACCCCUCACAAAUUAUGGAUUGUGGCUUAGUGUCGAUCACGGGUAAUGAGUAGCAGAUAAAUGCUUUGUUGAAAGCAAGUUAUAUUGGUACGGUUGAAAUAAAUUGUAUUUGACAGUA